UGACAGCGGAAUCACUCUCUUCCACACACAGUCCACACUGAGCUCAGAGCGGCGAUCGGCGACGUAAUGGCGGCUGCGAUCGGAGCUCUAUCGUCGCCGUAUGCCGGCGUCAGCCAGAGGAUCGACGGCGCUGCUUCUAGCAAGAUGUCGCUCCGGGGACUGUCCUUCUCUUCCUCUAAUCUCGCCGGCGGCAGGUUGAAUUCGUCGCCUUCCCGACGGCGGAUCCGUUCCGGAGAGAAAUCGCCGGCUGUAAGGACUGUUCCGUUCAUCGUUUCUCCUAAAGCCGUUUCUGAUUCGCAGAAUUCGCAGACUUGUCUAGACCCUGAUGCUAGCAAAAGUGUCUUGGGUAUUAUCCUUGGAGGUGGUGCUGGAACCAGGCUCUAUCCUCUUACUAAGAAGCGGGCUAAGCCUGCUGUUCCACUUGGAGCAAAUUAUCGCUUGAUUGAUAUCCCCGUGAGCAACUGCUUGAACAGCAACGUUUCCAAAAUCUAUGUUCUCACACAAUUCAACUCAGCGUCUCUUAAUCGUCACCUUUCACGGGCAUAUGCAAGCAACUUGGGUGGAUACAAGAAUGAAGGUUUCGUUGAGGUCCUUGCUGCUCAGCAAAGUCCGGAAAAUCCCAAUUGGUUCCAGGGUACUGCUGAUGCUGUGAGGCAAUAUCUUUGGCUUUUUGAAGAGCAUAAUGUUCUAGAAUUCUUAAUCCUUGCCGGUGAUCAUCUAUACCGAAUGGAUUACGAGAGGUUCAUUCAAGCCCACAGAGAAACAGAUGCAGAUAUUACUGUUGCUGCAUUGCCAAUGGAUGAGCAACGCGCCACUGCUUUUGGUCUCAUGAAGAUUGAUGAAGAAGGGAGGAUCAUUGAAUUCGCAGAGAAACCAAAAGGAGAACAACUAAAAUCUAUGAAGGUUGAUACCACCAUUCUGGGUCUUGAUGACGAGAGAGCUAAAGAGAUGCCUUACAUUGCAAGCAUGGGAAUUUAUGUUGUUAGCAAAGAUGUAAUGAUUAAUUUACUUAGAGAUAAGUUCCCAGGAGCUAAUGAUUUUGGAAGUGAAGUUAUUCCUGGUGCUACCUCCCUUGGAUUGAGAGUGCAAGCUUAUUUGUUUGAUGGCUACUGGGAAGACAUUGGUACAAUUGAAGCCUUCUAUAACGCUAAUUUGGGGAUUACAAAGAAGCCAGUGCCAGAUUUCAGUUUCUACGACCGGUCGGCUCCAAUUUACACGCAACCUCGAUAUUUACCACCUUCUAAAAUGCUUGAUGCUGAUGUCACAGACAGUGUCAUUGGUGAAGGUUGUGUAAUCAAGAACUGUAAAAUUCACCACUCCGUGGUUGGACUUAGAUCAUGCAUAUCAGAGGGUGCCAUUAUAGAAGAUACAUUGCUGAUGGGGGCGGAUUACUAUGAGACGGAUGCUGAGAGGAGGCUUCUGGCUGCAAAGGGAAGUGUUCCAAUUGGGAUUGGCAAGAACUCCCACAUUAAAAGGGCAAUCAUUGACAAGAAUGCACGUAUUGGCGAUAAUGUUAAGAUCAUAAACGGUGACAAUAUCCAAGAAGCGGCGAGGGAAAGCGAUGGAUAUUUCAUCAAGAGCGGGAUUGUGACAAUCAUCAAAGAUGCAUUGAUUCCCAGUGGCACCAUCAUAUAAGAGACUCUAUACGUGCUAGAGAUCAGAUGUGUGACUUACUACUGUUUCCAGGUACACACACUACUACCUCAACACAUCAUCAUCAUCUCCCACCAAAACACCCCUGCCCUGCACUAAUAAGGGGUUCCUUGAAAUCCCUUUUUGCUUGCCUUGGUUACCUUUCAAAGUCUUGUUUUUUUUGUGUACAUUAUCAUCGUGUAACUCCUCAUGAGAGAGAUUCUUUAUGUAUUCUGUUAGCAUUUAGUUUGAAUUUGAGAAGUAAUAAAUCAUCAUCAUCAUGGUUUUGUGUUUUUCUUUCCAUGAUUUGUCUUUUGUCCUCCCUAUGUUUUAGAUGAUGGUAAAAUACAAAAGCACAUAACUUGGCCAUAAGUGGUGUUUUA